CUCUCCGGGACCACUCGGGCUCCUCCGCCGGCAGUCCGAUGAUGCUGGUCGUCGUCGUCGCAGUCUCGCCUCUCGUCCUCCUCUCCGCGUUGUUGUUCUCGGUGACGCGACGGAGGUGUAGCCUGACGCGGUCUCUUACGUGUCGGCCUGGAUAAAAGUGGAGCUCCGGAGACCCGGGAGUGACGGAGCGAGUCAGUAUCGAACUCUGAGUGACAAUGGAAGCUGGCGCAGACUCACAGCAAAGUGAAACCACCGUGACGGAGGCUGAAGCCCAGCAGAUUGCUACCCUGGCACAGGCGUCCAUCGCGGCCGGCCAGGUCACCGCCACGGGGCCCACUGUCACACUGGUGCAGCUCCCCAACGGCCAGACGGUCCAGGUCCACGGGGUCAUCCAGGCCGCCCAGCCCUCCGUCAUCCAGUCGCCCCAGAUCCAGACCGUCCAGAUCUCGACGAUAGGGGAGAGCGAAGACUCCCAGGAGUCCGUGGACAGCGUGACAGAUUCACAGAAGAGGCGAGAGAUUCUGUCUAGACGGCCGUCCUACAGGAAGAUCCUGAACGACCUGUCGUCCGACGCUCCGGCGGUCCCCAGGAUAGAGGAGGAGAAGUCUGAAGACGACACGGCGCCCGCCAUCACCACGGUCACCAUGCCGACGCCCAUCUACCAGACGAGCAGCGGGCAGUACAUAGUCGCCAUCACCCAGGGAGGGGCCAUCCAGCUGGCCAACAACGGGACGGACGGGCUGCAGACGCUCACCAUGAACACGGCCACGCAGCCUGGCACCACCAUCCUGCAGUACGCCCAGACCAGCGACGGCCAGCAGAUUCUGGUGCCUAGCAACCAGGUGGUGGUCCAAGCGGCGUCCGGAGACGUGCAGGCCUACCAGAUCCGCACCGCGUCCGCCAGCACCAUCCAGCCGGGCGUGGUCAUGGCCUCGUCGCCCGCCCUGCCGGCCUCGGGCGGCACGGAGGAGGUGACCCGCAAGAGGGAGGUGCGCCUCAUGAAGAACAGGGAGGCUGCCCGGGAGUGCCGCCGGAAGAAGAAGGAGUACGUCAAGUGUCUGGAGAACCGCGUGGCCGUGCUGGAGAACCAGAACAAGACGCUCAUCGAGGAGCUCAAGGCCCUCAAAGACUUGUACUGCCACAAAACAGAGUAGGGCCCCCCCCCCCGCGCGGGUCCCCUGCACAGAGACUUGAAGCGAAGCCUUGCAUCCGGACCCCCACCUCCCACAACCCCCACCCCCCCCUCCAAAGCCUCUGUCUGUAAAGGCCCCGCCCACCUCAAAACCCGUACCGGACCUCCGGAGCUGGUCCUUGUUUUAUUGAAUGCUCCCCCUGCUGGACCAGCCCAGCGACUACAACAGGGUUUUGCUCGCGGUGGUGGGUGAGGCUCCUCCCCCUGCCUCCAGCGCCGUCUCCCCCGGUUACCACGACGACGGCAUCGUGUGGCGCCACCAGCAGCAGGAGACGCGCGCCUGUUCAGCGAGCGAUCGACUUCUGACCUUUUUUUUUAAAAAAAAAAGAAAAAGAAAAAAACUUUGCCCCUCCCAAAACCCCCCUCCCCUCUCACCCCUGCUCCUACUCCGGGGAGGUUUCAGUGCAUUAUUGUCAUCGCCAUGGUAACCACCGCACUUCCGAUCUGACGCUUCCGAUCGGUCGGUUUCCGAUGGGACGCUUCCGAUCGGUCGCUUCUGAUCGGUUGCCUUCCGAUCUGUCGCCUCCGAUCGGAAGCAUCCGAUCAUUUGCUUCCGAUCCACACUAUAGUCUAUCAUGUUAGAGGAGGUCUGCUUCAGCUAAAGACGUUCUAAUUGUUUUCUGUGUUUCUCUCCGGGAGCAGCGAGGGAACUCUAGCAUAUUCGGUUGAAUCAUGCGGUUUAUGAUUUCUUUAUAAAAUUGUAAGUGAAAUAUCGUUUUCUGUGUUUUGCGGCCGGAGUGGUCGCAGCUCGGAGCGAGAGGCGGAUCCUGGAUGAGUUGCGGAGCCUUUGCAUGUUUUAUUAGUGGCAUCGUUUGGGCUAUUUUAUAUAUCGUCGGAAGCACAGAACAUUGCAACCCGAAAACGACACCCUGCCCGAGACCCCAGAGGGGGGUCUGACCCCCCCCCAAACCUGGGGGCGGGGGGGGGGGGACUGCUGGGCUGGGUCUUUUGAAGACUGAAUAUUUUACACUUUAGAGAACAUGAGAUGUACUAAAACCUUUGGUGUAAUGGUUUGAAAAAGGAAUAUUUCUCUCGGCGUCUUUCCUACUCCUUGCUUCAAGCUCCAUCGAGUCUGGUGUUUCUAAGACUUUAUUCGACACACACACACACACUCGCACACACACAAUCAGGACUUUGGACACGCUGAUCAACAUGGGAUCGAAUCCCGUACCGAUGUCUGAACAGAGGUCAGCGCCUGCUGCACACGCCUCGGUCUGUGCCACGGUUCUCCACCAGGGUUCUCUACGUUCUAGCGGCCGUCGGCUCGUCGCGACGGGAGGACCGACUUGAGGUCCGGUCGGUAAACGACACUUCUUAAAAACGACACAAGCCCUAAAGUUGACCUUUUUAUUUUCGAAUCACCCGUUUAAAACCAAACUGGAACCCAAACCGUUGCCCUGGUUUCUGAAUCGGAGCGGGAGGAGGUGUGACGCUGGACAAAAUGGACGCCAACGAUUCUGUAAAGUAAAAAGAAAAAAAGGCGGGAAAACCACGAGACACGGAACACAGAACAAACGGCUUUGGGAGCGACGUCGCCACGGUGUAUUCUUUCGAUAUUACAUAUAGUCAUCCGACAUAGCAAGCUUUUUUUUAUUAUUUUGCCAAAUGCCAUUUUCAUUGAUUUUGUAUACGAUGUAUUUCUAUAUGUCAGCACCAAACCCUAAAUGAAAAGUAGUCACUAGAGGACUUCCUCUAAAUAUUACAUUUCUGGCAGCUGUUAAUAAAUGUGUUUCUGGUA